UGAAUUGAAGAAAGAAAUAAUCCGUUAUAUGAAAGAAAACUAAAAUCAAGGGAUCUUCCUUCACUCAUCAUUAUUAUUACUACCAAUAUCAAUGAAUUUCAUCAACGCUUGAAACCGUCACCGUUUUUUGAUUUCUCAUUUCUUUCUUUCUAGGGUUUACUUUCGUCCUCUCUCUCUCCGCAGAAAUGGCAUCCACUCCUCCUUCAUUUUCUCCAUCUCGCACUACCUGCGCUUCUCUCCUCCGUCAAUUACAGUUGAUAUGGGAUGAGAUUGGGGAAAGUGACACAGAUAGAGACAAUAUGCUUCUUCAACUGGAACAAGAGUGCCUUGACAUUUAUCACAGAAAGGUUGAGGAAACGAGAAAGCACAAAGCUGACUUGUAUAAGUGGUUGGCUGAUACUGAAUCUGAACUCACCAAUGUUGCUUCUUCUCUUGGGGAUUGUGUGUCGUUCUCACGAGGGAAGGGAACUCUGAAGCAGCAAUUAGCUACCAUCAGACCUGUCUUAGAGGUCUUGAGGUUAAAGAAGGAUGAGAGAUUUAAGGAAUUUUUAAAAAUAAAGUCCCAAAUCUCUCAGAUAUGUGCUGAAAUAGCAGGCCGUGCACAGUCCGAAAGUGUCACGGAUCAAGAUGUCGAUCAAUGUGAUCUGACACUAAAGAAAUUGGGGGAACUCAAAUCGCAUCUUGAUGAACUUCAAAAUGAAAAGAUAUUGCGUCAGCAGAAAGUGAAGAGUCAUAUCAGUACUAUUAGCCAACUUUCAGCAGUAAUGUCAAUUGAUUUUUGGAAGACUUUAAAUGACAUCCACCCGAGCUUGAGUGAUUCAUCAAAUAGUACACCACAAAGCAUUAGCAAUGACACUCUUGCUAGAUUAACUGGGGUUAUUCAUUCAUUAAAGGAGGAAAAGCAACAAAGACUACAUAAGGUACAAGAACUCACUAAAUUCUUGGUAGAGUUAUGGGAUCUUAUGGAGAUGCCAAUUGAUGAGCAAAAGGCCUUUAGCCAUGUUACUAGAUUAAUUUCAGCAUCAGUAGAUGAAGUGUCAAUCCAAGGUUGCCUUUCUGCGGAAGUCAUUGAGCAGGUUGAGGGUGAAGUUCAGCGCUUAAAUGUUUUGAAAGCCAGUAAAAUGAAGGAAUUGGUGUUUAAAAGACAGAAUGAACUUGAAGAAAUUUACAGAGGAGUUCACAUGGUUAUGGAUAGUGAAGCAGCUAGAGAGAUUCUGACUAGCCUCAUUGAAUCUGGUAAUAUUGACAUGUCUGAAUUGCUUCAAAGCCUGGAUGAUCAAAUCAGAAAGGCCAAAGAGCAAGCUCUAAGUAGAAGAGAUAUCUUAGAUCGGGUAGAGAAAUGGAAAUUUGCAGCUGAGGAGGAAAAGUGGUUAGAUGAAUAUGAAAGGGAUGAAAAUCGAUACAGUGCAGUAAGAGGAGCACACAAAAAUUUGAAGCGUGCAGAGAAAGCACGAAUACUUGUCAGCAAGAUUCCAUCUUUGUUAGAUAAUUUGAUUGCAAAAGUGAAAGCAUGGGAGCUGGAAAAAGGAAUACCUUUCUUAUAUGAAAAGGUUGCAUUGUUGCAUAGCUUGGAUGAAUACAACGUACAACGGCAACUGAGAGAAGAAGAAAAGAAAAAAUCUCGAGAGCAGAAGCGGCUUAAUGAGCAACAUGCUGUAGAGCAAGAAGCAAUGUUUGGUUCAAGGUCUGCAACAAAGAAGCCUCUGAGCCAGAACACUAAUGCUAACACCAAUGUUGGCACACCAACUGGGCGCCGAUUGCAUACUCCUUCAAACCGUUAUGGAAACUCGGGCGCAAAGGAUCGUAGAGAAAGCGGCAGAGUGAACAACAUAAUUCCAGUGAACUAUGUUGCUCUUCCCAAAGAUGAUUCUGUUUCAAGAGGCAGUUAGAGCUGCCCCUCAAGUUAGACUCAUGUAGAUCAGUUUUUUUUUUCUUCUUUUUUCUUUGUAAAUGCGCUUAUUCUACAAACUCUUUGUUUCCUUUUGCUUACAUGAAAGCUUUGCUUUCUUCAAAGGGAGAUUGAUGCUAACUUGGGAGGUUGAUUGUGAAUUCUUACAUGACAGAUGACAAGGCUUAUUGUCUACUCGAUACACAUUGUAUAAAUGCGGGCUAAUAGAAAUAAGUUUCAGAAAAGUCAUCCUUACUCUUUCUUGUUAGUAGCUGGAAUAAGGUAUGUAGUUUCAAGUUUUCUAGAGUUGGAGCCUAGGAAAGAAGCACGAGGAAAUCUUGUCAUUACUACAGUUUUUGGGCAUAUAAAUAAUAUGACACAUUUUCAAGAACUA